UCUGGCCGCCCAACAAGGCAACAACAACAGCGAGCGCGGCGAUUACAGCGGCGAUCACAGCGGCAAUAGUGGUGCGAUCGGUGGUGCAACGCCAUCUCUUAGUGGUGGUGGUUGUGUUGGUGCGGCUGCAGGCGAUCCUGCGGGUCCCGGAGGAGGAGGAGGCGGAGGAGGAGGCGGAGGAGGUGGUGGAGGUGGCGGUGCUGCAGGAGGAACUGGCAACGGAACCGGAGUCGGAAGCGGAAGCGGAAACGGAAGUGCUGGCGGGGCGGACUGCAGCAGCGACGGCGAUCCCAAGAAGACCUUCUCGCUGCACUGCUGUUGCGUGAUCGUCGACAUCACACCAGUGGCGCAUCCAGGAGGACGCCUGACAUCGGCAACAACGGCCUCGGGAAGGGAUGCGGGUGGAGCCGCCGCUGGCGGAGGUGGUGGUUCCGGUGGUGGCGGUGGCAGUGGCUUGGGCCUCGGCCUCGGCGAGAAUGUCUCCCAGUUGGCCAGCCAACUCUUUCGCUUUGGCAGCAAAAAGCGUCCUGGCGUUUGCAUCUGCAAUGCCCAAUGUCGGCUGCAAUCGCUGGGCGAGACCCAAGGCAGCCUGGGAGCCACCACAAUUAAGACCCAUCAUGGCAGCCUGGACAGAUUGCUGCAAAAGGGAGACGGCACUGGGACAGCAACCAGUGGUGAGCGCUCGAUAAGCUGGGUGGUGGAUGGUGGUGCGGCGGGCUCUGGUGCCCUGCUUAACGCCUCCUCCGAUGAAAGUGAUGACAAGAAGAAGAAACUGGACGAGGGCAACCAGUUGCCGCCACCGCCACGCCCACCCUCGCGGUCACAUGCCAAGCCCACGGCCAAGGAGGAAUUCGAUCGGGGUGUGGAGGUGGAGAAGUUCUAUCACCAGAUCAACGGCGACAUCUUCGAAAUCACUCGCCGGGUGAGAGCUCGCGAUGAGGAGACCAUGGAACAGAAGUGCAUCCGGCGGAAGGGAUCGGUGAGGCUGACCGAACCCAUGGGUCAUGCCCACGUGCGGAUUGAGCAGAGACCUCAGUUGCCACCGAGACGGCAGAAGAGUGCCGAGGAAGUGGCCACCAUGCCAAAGAGUGCUCUGCGCCAACCGCCGGAGCAGCUGGAGUGGUUCGAUCGUCGGGCUCAGCAGCGCCACUCCGCCCGAUCCGCUGAAGGUGGCCAGGUGCGGGAGGAGACCAUGGAGUGGCUGAAGCUCCAAAAAACUGCCAGUCCCAUCCAGCCAGUGCGCACCUCGUCGGGUCCCAGUGAGAUCACAGUCCUGAAGGACGAACUGCCCGACUGGCUGCUGGAACAUCUGCCGCGCAAAAAGGAGCGGGAGCGAGAUCGAUUGCCUUCGGAUGCGGACAAGGCUGUGGGCUCUGCGUAUGCAAAGGCCCUGGCGGAUCUUCUAAAGAAACCCCUGUCCCGACAAAGUUCCGGACCCUGUGAGUUCUCGCUGCUGAAGACCGAUAUUGUGGAGUGGCUCACCAAGAUGCAGGGCAGCAGUGGAACGGAAAGGGGCAAGUCCCGUCGGUCGCAUCAUCGCCGAAAUGGCAGUGGUGGCGAUGCCCAGCCCCGUUCCAAUUCCCAGGAAGAUGCCCAAGAUCAGUCGAAGACCAGCCAUCGGAAGAGACACUCCCUGGGACACAGUGGAGCAGUCAGCGAAGAGGAACAGCAACAGCUCACUGCCGAUUGGAUAGCCUAUCCUCUCCACAAGCUGCAAUCGCUCGGAAAGCAACCGCCUCCAGCACAACCACCGGAGAGGAUGAACAUUCCCAGUGGCUAUGCGGUGCCCAGUGCCCUUUCACACACUCCCUUAUGCCAGCGGAGGGAAGAGCGUUCCCGGGAGAGAAGACUGCGUCACUCGGCCAGCGAAGUGGUGGGGAGUGGUGGGGCAGGAGCCGCAUCCACAUCAAACACCGCCCAUCUGGAACGGCUGUAUGCCAAGCCGCACAAGGAACGCUAUCAAUAUGUACCGAAAACCAAAGAGUCAAGUGGUAGGAAGGAGCGUUCCCGGCGCCAUCAGACCCAACGGUCCGCCACGGUCUCCGACAUGUCCGCCCAGCGUUCCGGUGGCCACAAGCGCAAGUCCUCCAGUGCGGAGAGGGCUCCUCGUUCACCAUCCCCGGGACCCUGUACGGAUCCCGAUUGUCCACUACUGCCCAUCUGUACUGAUCCGCACUGCCGGUACCAAGAGUGCCAGGCGAGGCAGUGCAUCACGUCGUCGGUGAGCUCCGUAAAUCUGGCCAGACAUCAACAACUGGCGCAGGUGCAACUGCAUGCGGUGCCGGCUCAUCUGGUUGGAGCCAUGGGUUCCGAUGUGCCAACGACACCAUCCACAACGGCCACGCCUCCGCCGCCAACAGGAGGAGGAACUAUGGCAGUUGGAGCAACCGGAGCUACCGGAGCAGGAACGACGAGCGAACGCCGCCUGGUCAUCUGCCACGAUUGUCGAUCCUGCGCCCCGCUUCUCAGCUGCCGGAAUCGCAAAUGCCUCAACGCCGCCAAGUGCAACUCACUGCCUCGCUGUGCCGCCGACUUCAAUCGCCUGCGCACCCAGCUGGCCCAGCCGCCCACCACAUUGGAUGACAUUGAGCCGGCGCCACUGGACGACCUGGAGAUGCAGCCACUGCCCUCGCCACCGCAUCAGCAUCCGCACCAUCACUAUCGCAGCAAUUCCCAGCCAAACACCCUACAGAGGGGCGACUCUGCCAGUUCCGCAGGAAUGGGAGUAGGCGUCGGAGGAGCGGGACAGGGUGGUUUAGGAGGACCGGGAUCGGGACUCGCUUGGCUGGAACCCACAACCACGCUAGUGCAACCACUGCCCGCCUAUGUGCACCACUCGAAUGGCAAGCUGAUGAAGUCCGCCUCGGCUGCCUCGCUGAAUUCCCGAAGACGGCGCCACAAAACCGUGCACUUCGGCGAGAAUCUGCUGCGGGAGGUGUGCCAGAACAGGAAGCUCAUCAAGACGGAGGCCCAAGUGCCCUCCGGCUCGGCGCCCAUGAAGGCCAACAUCCAGAUGCUCUACAACUUCGUGGAGGGUGUGUUGAGCGCCUGGGUGGACGACGACGAGGAUCAGGUGCGCUCUGGUGCCGAAUCGGAGCCAGAGCACGGUGUGGUGCCCAUGCAACCGAUCCACAGAUGCAACCGCCUGCGUUACCAGUGCAUCCGGCGCGUUGUCGAGGAGGCCGCCGACCUCCAGGGCACCCUGAAACUGGGCAACUCCCGCUAUCGCCAUCGCCAUUGGCGCAGCACCGCCAAGCAGUGCAACGAAAUGUUCCUUCGCAAGAUUUCGGACGAUGAUCGAAUGAGCCUAACUACCGCCGUUUCGGAUGAAGAUGAUGGGGAAAGUGUCAUGGCGUCACCAUAUAAAGCAAAGGCAACUGGCACCGCUGCAUCCUCCUUCAAUUGCACGGGAGCAGUUCGCAAAGCCGGCUUCCUAUCGGUAAAGAAAUGGUUACUACGCAAGAAGCACCAGAUCGAGCUGGCAAGAAAGCGGGGCUGGAAGGGCUACUGGGUGUGCCUGAAGGGCACCACGCUGCUCUUCUAUCCGUGCGAUUCCCGGGAGGGCCGGAGUGUGGAGGCGGCGCCCAAGCACUUGAUUAUCGUGGAUGGUGCAAUUAUGCAACCGAUACCGGAGCAUCCCAAGCGCGACUACAUCUUCUGUCUGAGCACGGCGUUCGGCGAUGCCUAUCUUUUCCAGGCGCCCUGUCAGGUCGAGCUGGAGAACUGGGUGAACAGCAUUCACAGCGCCUGUGCCGCCGCCUUUGCCAGGCACCGCGGAAAAACUGGAACGCUACACCUGCUCCAGGAGGAGAUCUUCCGGCUGGAGAAGGCCAUUGAGUCGGAUCACAAGCUGAAGCACAUGGCCGAGCUGCAGCAAUCAGUUGUCACCGAUCAGGAGACGCGUCAUCAGAUCCAGACGCAGAUACUGCAGUGGGAGGAGAAUCUGGAGCGGCUCCACUGCGAGCAGUUCCGGCUGCGCUGCUACAUGGCCUCGCUGCAAAGUGGCGAGCUGCCCAAUCCGAAGUCGCUGCUAACUCACGUGUCGCGCCCCACGAAGAACACGCUGAACAAGCUGGGCGUAUUCACGGUCUCCUCGUUCCACGCCUUCAUCUGCGCCCGCUCGCCCUCGCUGCUCAACAAUCUCCUCGCCGGACGCGGUGCCACCAAGCGGCGACCGCCGAUGCUGUCGCGGUCCAACAGCGGCUCCAGCCGUCGCUCCAUGCAGAUGAAUUCACGUGACGAACCGGAAAAAACUUUCAAAGUUGCAAUGCCCGACAAUGCUUACUCGACAGUUUAUCUACGUGAUGCCAUGUCUGUGGAGGAAUUCCUCGCCAGCGCCUGCGCCCGUCGCAACCUCAAUCCCAUGGAGCACUUUGUGCGCGUCAAGAAGCGACGUGACAUGGAGGAUCACAAUUACUUUGUGCCGCAUCGCAACGAUCUGAUUGAAAAUUAUCUACAUAAUCACGAGUUCGUGGAGGUCUGCAUGAAGAUCCUGUACCAGGUGGAGCUGCAGCGCACGACUCUGGAGCAGAUGUGGGGCUUCUCCGUGGAGGCUGAGCUGAUCGAGAAUGCGGAACGCCAGGAUGAACUGUGCUGCUACGUGAGUCGCGUGGAGGACAAGAGUGUGGCCAUGCACAAUGGCAUUAUCAAAGGAGACGAAAUAAUGGUCAUCAAUGGCGCAAUUGUGUCCGAUCUAGAUAUGAUGUACUUGGAGAGCGUCCUGCAGGAGGAACAAUCGCUCAGCAUGAUGAUGCGGUCCUCGCGCACAGAGCCACCAGAUCUAGUGGGGAUCAUGAGGGUUACGGACGAUAUGAUUGACUCGCUGGUUUGUCCGCCGCCGCCCACAGAUCCGCCGGUGAUGAGCGAGGAGAUGAUAACUGGACUGAUUGUUCCGGCCCCCGGUUGGAAUGGCACUAGCAAGGAUUUGUACUCGCCGGAGGCGGAAAGCUCCCCGGCCACCUCCUUUGUGGAUCCUGCCGCAAUGGCCGCCCAGCUGGCGGUGGGCGGCGUGGGAGGCGUGGUCGUGGGCGGACUGGGCGUGGCCAAGCCAACGUCGCGUACGAGCAGCUUCGAGAUUGAGAAUCUGCUAAAGACCGCGGAGCAAGUUACCGGAUUUUGUCGUUCACCCCAGGAAACGCGGAAAUCGAGCCCAACCGGCUCGGUCACCUCAUCGGUGUCGACCACGGCAUUAACACCAUCACGCCAACUGACCGAUGCGGAGAAGCUGCGCAAAGUCGUCAUGGAGCUGGUGGACACGGAACGCACCUAUGUGAAGCACCUGAACAAUCUGCUGGAGCACUAUCUGGAGCCCAUGAAACGCGAGACAUUCCUCUCCAAUGCCGAGAUCAACGCUCUGUUCGGCAACAUACACGAGAUCGUCACAUUCCAGCGGCAGUUCCUGCAGAAUCUGGAGGAGUCCUUGGACCUGGAGCCGGAAUUCAACAAGUUCGAGCACUGCGGCCAGUUCAGAAAUGUGCUCUUUGCGAUUGGCUCGGCCUUCCUGUAUUACGUCAACCACUUCAAGCUGUACUCCUCGUUCUGUGCCAGUCACAGCAAGGCGCAGAAAGUCCUGCAUCCGAACGAGGGCAAUCACGCCCUGCAGGAGUUCCUCGCUGCCCGGAAUCCCAAGCAGCAGCACAGCAGCACCCUGGAAUCGUAUCUGAUCAAGCCCAUUCAGCGCAUCCUCAAGUAUCCUUUGCUCCUGCAGCAGAUGCGCAACCUCACAGACACCCGGGCCGAUGAGCAUGUGCAUCUUUGCGAGGCACUCAAGGGCAUGGAAAAGGUCGCCGAGCACAUCAACGAGAUGCAGCGCAUCCACGAGGAGUACGGUGCCAUAUUCGAUCACCUGUUCCGGCAGCACCAGAAGUCUUGCAAGCAGCCCAUUGAUCUAAGUCCAGGCGAUCUGCUGUACUACGGCGGAGUCGAAUGGCUCAACAUCUCGGACUUCCUGGGCAAGAUCAAGAAGGGACUGGAACUGCAUGCCAUGUGCUUUGUGUUCAAGUCGGCGGUGGUGUUCCUGUGCAAGGAGCGACUGCGUCAAAAGAAGAAGUUGAUGGGCGUUUCCAGCAAGAAUGCCACCAAUGAAGUCGAGAUCAUUCGCUACCAGGUGCUCAUACCCGUAACCGAGGUGCAAGUUCGCGCCAGUUCGGCCAAGGACAUGGAUUCCCACUUCCUGUGGGAGCUCAUCCAUCUGCGCUCCCAGUUGCAGCGCCGUUCCGAGAAGGUCUACGUGCUGUCCAACAGCACCGCCGACUUCCGCAAUGCCUUCCUGAAGACCAUUCGCCAGAUCAUUCGCGAGAGCGUCCGGAACAUGUCAAUUCCGAUGAAGAACUUUGGCGGCAGCUCCGGCUCCGUCUCCGGACACUCCUCGCAGGGCAUGGGCAGCAUGGGCUAUGCGGGCAACUCUCAGACGCUGGAGCGUCCCAAGCAGCAGAUCACCAUCGUUCAUGGCUCGCACACUCUGGGCAAACCGAAGAAGAAGUCCGGUUCGCAGCGCCACUCGGCUGGCAACAUUGACUACGACAAUUUAUCAGGCAGCCAGGAGGCGGACGACCUGCCACCCAGUGUGGGCGUGGUCCACUACGCCUCCGGCCACGCCCACGGCCAGCAGAUGCAGCAAACUGGAUUCCGAGGUCGCAGCAAGACGGUGGGCGAUGUUACAGAAAUCACCUGCUCUUCCCCAGAACCCCAUCAGCAGCAGCAGCAGCAGCAACAGCAACAGAUGAUGCAGCAGGGGCACGCCCAUGCCCAUCCACAUCCCCAUCCGCAUCCACGGGAGCCACCGCCGCCCCCGAUCAGGCAGCCACAUCUGCACCACCACAGCACGGACAUCGAACGGAUCGAUCCUGGAACGAAGUCGGAGGGCGAGGAGGACUCGCAGCAGGGCACAAUCAGGCCCAAGGCCACUCUGGGUCGAACGCCCAAUCACCUGACGCUGAGCACCACAUCGACGCUCUCGGUGGGCAGCACCGGCAGCCAGGCGCGCCUGAUUCAAUCGUCGCAUCCGCCGGCCAGUUACCAGCCGGUGCUGAUGAAGGACCUAGGUAAGCCCAGCCCGGAUGAAUCGGAGCUCGAGUCGGAGUCGGAGGUGCAUGCCGUCCAGGUGGCGGCCUCCUUUAACUUAAGUCUAGGUAGUAGUGGUAGCUUAUUCGCCUCCGAUGCCCGAGAUAAUCAGACCCAGUCCCGCACCCAAACCCAAUCCCAAACCCAAACCCACUCCCUGCAUCCCUCACCUCGUCAGUCGCCGCGUCAAUCGCCGCGACAGUCCCCCAAGCAGGACAUCGAGGUGAUUGAGAUCUUCGAGAGCGAGGCGGAACGGCUGGCCGCCUCCCAGCAGGUGGCCGUCGUCCACCAGCAUCCGGCGGACCAGGCCAGGGAAUCCGGGCAUAAACAGCGACGUGACCGAGACCGUAACCCAACCGAGACGGACGCCUCAGCCCGGUUUAUGGACAAGCACUUGAGUGACCUCGAGCAGGAGAACCUGGCCGACGGCACCUGUGACAUUGUGGCCUACAUGGAGAGCCUGCGCGAGAAGGCCUUUGAUCCACAGGAUCUGGCCGAAGAUACUGGCGAUCAGCAGCAGAAUGACUCCAGCCUCUCGCCGGAGCCACAAACCAUAGUGGAGAAUACACAGCAAACUGUGGUGGUGGAUAUUGAGUCGCCGUCCCGGCCAGCCACUGAAUCGGAUAGCACUGGCAACACCACCGGGCCCUCGGAAAGAUCGGGAGAUGAAACGGAGGAGGAGGCCACCACCAGUUCGUUGGCAUCGCAUAUCGUUGUGAUUGACAAGAAGGUAGACAAGAUCUUCAAGGCCAAGUCACCAGAGCGUCCGGCUUCCACCAAAGUCAAAGGUGGCAGAAGGCAGAUAUAUAUAUCGCCAGAUCGAUGCAAGUCCCAGGGUAGCUCCCCCGUAAGGAUCAUCAAGAUUAAGUCACCUCGCACCAGUUUGAGUGAUCAGGGCAAGCGGUUGAGUGUGUCCUCCUCCAGGGACAACUCUCAGGAUCGACUGUCGGGCGGGCGAAGGACACCGAGUCCUCGUCGCUCCUCCGAAGGCGGUGGCAUACUGAAGCACACCACAGGACCUGCUCCCGGCAUCCUGAAGCCACCUUCCAGUCCAGCCAAAUCCAAGAGUCCGGACAGGAGUUGCCUCAAAAAGGGCGGGCCAUCGCACGUUUGCAGCGUGGAGACUCUAUCGCCAAGGGUUUCACCCAGGGGCAGUAUGGAUCACCUAUCCCCCGAUCGGGGAAUGACCGGCAGUUCCUGUCUGCGCCACUCGCCGCGCAGCAGCUUCGACAGCCACGGCGAGUCGGAUCACAACUUGGAUGUGCCACAUGGCAGUCGCAAGAGGAGUAUGUCUGCCCACGGCAGCUUCGAGACGGGCACCCGGCUAAGGGCCCAGGAAACCUAUCAGUAUUAUCCAGUGUACGACAACCAGACCUGCAGUGAUCACUAUGUGGCUGCCGCUCCAACUGGGCGAUAUGGUGGGGGCACUAGUAGCAGGAGCAGGCUGAGCAAAUCCCUGGAGCGCUCUACUUCCAGGGAUAGCACCACCACCAGUAGCUCCUACGGGCACAGGGCGUAUGGUGUUUCCCCCGACCGUAACUACGUGGUCUUCAGUUCCGGGCCACUGCGAUCGCAAUCCGCUGAGAAUACCUUCUCCUCGCAACCCAUAUACGAUCCCUUGCCACGUCAUCCACCACAGCCACUGCAUCAGCCGCCGAUGCACCACCAACAGCAGCAGCAGCAGCAACAGCAAUAUAUGAGCUAUGCCCCAGAGAUGAGUGGAUACACUGGCUGUCAGCACGAUCCGCAGGGUGGCUACCAGCUCAGCUCCUCGGCACCGGAGUACACCACAUGCAUCGACUGUCUGUACCAGAAGAGACCCUCCUAGCAUAAGUCCCGCGUGCGGCAGAGUCGCACGCGGAAGAAGACGCCACGCGGAAUGGUGGUGGUCAGUGCGCAGCCGACGGCCACCGGGGGAAUAGGAUUCGUGCCCGAGAUGGGCAACGCCGAGGCACCCGGCGGUUGUGUGGACUGCCACGACUACUUCGAGAUCCACGUCUAAGGGAACUACGGCAUGAAGGAACUUUCACUCAAGGACCUCCACUAAAAGACCUCCACUAUUUUGAAACCAAAGAUAACAGACGAACAACCCGAAAUGCCUCAACAAACUAAUUUUAACCGAACUCAGCUCACAUAUACGUAAACUCACAAUGCAAACUACGAACGUAAUCAAUACCGAACACGAACUUCCAACACAAGGGAUUGAAAUCAAAAAGACCUAGCCUACAGAAUAUACACUCUACUUACUAGAAAACCACAAGCAUAAGUAAUAGAAGACAGGCACACUUAAAACUAGAUGAAAUGGCUCAAACGCUACCAUACCCAAAUCAAAAUCCCCCUACCGCGUAUUUGUUGUGUAAGUGUUAGCCGUAAGUCACCGAACCUGAGCGUAGCUAGCUCUUUUAGCGCAGCAUAUGUAGUCCAUACCAAAACUAAUCAAAGGAUAAAACGGAGGGUAACUAAUCCCGGUCGGCGAUAGUUACAUUGCACAAUGGGUAUGAGCCGUGCCACCGUUUUGCAGUUAAUUAUUUAAGUUGCAACCGAGUUGGGCGCGAACAUUUCGCCGUGAUUUACACACUCACCCACACGCAUUAACGAACAAAAUGGCGGAAGUUCCGCUCGCCUCGGGUGGCAAGUAGAAAUAUUACGUAUACGCCGCGUUGCACACACAAUACUCAAGUGCCGUAAUUACGAGGGCAAACAACAGAAAAGAGCAGUAGCAGCUAGAGCAGAAGCAGCAGCAGUAGCAGCAGCAGCAGACGCAACUAAAACUAAAGUUGAAAUUCAUACUCGCACUCAAGUAAACUAUGUACUAAGAGACAGGCAGACAAACAAAUGGCAAACUCAACUUGAAACACAUAUAAAUGGGAAAGUAAGACAGCCCAGAGCAGAUAUAGAAUGAAAAGACACCGAGCACAGCUAAAAAGUUCGGUAAAAGUCGCCAGCUAACUAACUAUUAGCUGUGGGAGCAGAAAGCGGAAAGGCGGGGUGGAAAUUGUGUCACUUCCGUAAAUGAAAUCAAAAAUUUUUAAUUACCCAUCUGGCGACAUGGAUCUACUACUGAGCUGGGCUUUUUGGGUCGAAUGCCAACAUUCCAGGGGUUAACAUAAAAUAUACCUAACAAGAGUUUACCUAUCGAUAUGGGGAUUAUUUACAUAAGGGACAAAAAAAAAAAGGAAAGAGGA